AUGAGAGUGGGCAAAGGCUGUGAACGGUGUCGGUAUCGUCACAUCCGCUGUGUGAUUCCCCCGGGGGCCUCGUCCUGUGCGCCCUGCGAGCGCCAGGGACGAGUGUGUCAACUCGAUCCUCCUUUCCACUUCAAAACCGUUCGUCAUGUUUAUCAGAAGAGCAGUGGUACAUCUGCACGAUUCGACCUAGAUUGGGAUGAGGAUCAAGUCUGGGUGGAUACAUCUCAGCCUAGUAAGUUCUGUACAGAGCGAUUUGAACGUAAUAUCCGUACAGAAAUGCCGAGGCUGACUUCUAUGCCUUCAGUGACGUUUGUACUUGAAGCCUGUAAUGAUGUCGAGGGUGAAGCCGAAGGGGAACAUUCUGUUCCAGAUAACCCGACCGUGACCGCGAUGAAACCAUUAUCACCAGACUCCCCUUGGGAACCCCACCGUGACGGGGUUCCAGAUAUCCUCGACGUGGGGAUUAGUACUCCGGGAUCAGGAAAAUUGCAUUCCAAUGAACUUUCCCCUCAGCAGCAGAUAUAUAGAAGCUGCGCCAUCUCCCCUCCUACGAUUGACGGGCCGCCUGCCCUAUCACACCGAGAAGCGUCUCUGAUGCGUAAUUUCAUUCAGCGGAUUGCCCCGUGGGUAAGCUGUUACAUUCGUCUGUCUAAAUGCCAUUUUAGCACGGAUGUUCCCCGUCGGGCAUUACAGGUCCCCAUGCUACUUAAAGCAGUGAUGGCUCUCGCAGCUCGGCAUGACGCAAUUCUCAAUAACCAGAGCGACUGGGAGGCCUCAGAAUAUCACGGCCAAUGCCUGGAGCUGCUUAUCCCGGCGUUAGACCGGCCUGAGCAGACCUAUGACGAGAAUCUGCUGGUCACAGUAGUGCUGUUACGGAUAUAUGAAGAACUGGAAAACAGCACCGACCCGCAAUUCCACCUCUUAGGAUCCAAUCGUCUGAUAAACCUGAUGUCUCGCUCUGCAUCCUCGGGUGGACUAGCAGAGGCUGUCAGCUGGCAAUUUCUGCGACAGGCCAUCUACGCAUCGGUAGUUCAGUAUCACCCGUUGCAGCUGGACUUGCAAAACUAUGAACGAUCAUCAAUGUUCCAACGCACUGACGAUGCUGCAUUUGCAAACAUGGUGAUUUUCCACUGUGCGGAUAUUCUCCGAAUUUGCCGUACUGUGCCCCAGGAGCCCGUGGAUGAAGAUGCACGACUCCGAGUGGCCCACGCGGUUGAUGAGUGGCACCGCGCAAAACCAACAACCUGGCAGCCACUUCGAUAUCAACCCGCGGAUGUGACUGUGAAUCGGCCAUUUCCUGAAAUAUGGAUGAUGUCGGCCCCAGCGGUUGUUGGGAUGCAGUAUUACCACGCUGCCUGUAUAUUCCUAACUUUCUCCGAGGGAUGUUCACGACCCAUGAGUGAUUACCAAAUGGCUCGCUCGCGACGGGUGUCAGAACGAACCAUUUCCAGCCAUAUCGUGAGUGUCAUUGGAUUGUCUCAGUCAAAUGAAAGUGUCCAUAAUGCCUAUUUCAUGGCAUGCCAUCUGCUUCAUCGAUUUGGCUAUUGUCUGAAGCAUUGGACGGAGCAGCAAGGUUCAUUGAAAUUUCUUUCCCGCGUGGAGGAAGUCCUGGGCUGGCGCACCUCGUGGAUCAAGCGAGAGUUGGAGCGCCAGUGGGCCGAACUUGGCCAAGUAGAUAGCCCUGAUAGUUGA